AAAUUUUACAAAAUUGGACAAACCCUUUGCGACUUUGUACGACAUAGAGAGGUCGUACCCACAAACAGUAUUCGGAAGGAAAGCACCAUCAGCGAAGAUGGUACUACUUCCAGUACCACGCAACCUCAAAGAAAUAACUCAGAUAUUUCUGGUGAGGAACAAACUGUGCAAGAAGCUAAAAUCCAAAAACCGGGACAGUGUGCUUCUAAUAAAACUGCCUCCCCAAGGAAAAUCGUUAGCCCGACUUGUAGAUUAAAAAACACAGCACUGAAGAGCAAAUAUCGUCGCAAACAGGAAUCAGCUCCUGUACACAUUAGUAGCACCAACACCGACACUCAGUUUCAGUUACAUCAAACAGCAGCACCAGCAGUGGAACCCAACGAAGCCUCACCAUUAUCUUAUACUGGCAGGUCAACAGUCAACAAUAGGAGCCCAAAGGUGGAAGACGAAAACGAAUCAACGAAUAUUAGCUGCAAUAAGGACGGGACUGUGACAGAAACUCAAUUGUCCGUCGUUGAAGGACUUGGCCCGGAGGCAACGGAUACUGCCGUUGCGGAACAUAAUGAGGAAACAAUGGAUGGUGAAGCCCAGCCGUCAGAUGCAGUCAAUAGCCCCAAUUCUGGAGGCGCUGGUGUAGGGUCCACGGAUAAGAGCAAAGACAAAGACAUGCCAGCGAAGGCUGUUGUGUCCCCGUCCCCGUCCCCAGCUGCUGAGGCCAAACCAAAAAGGAUGGAAAAUAGAAAAUCGUCGUCUGAUACGGGGCUAGAGCCUGUGCUUAAGCAGCACGUUGGGACUGGGCCUCAAUCAAUGACCGGCCCAAUACCAUUCAAGUCGCCACACAGCAAGGGGAGUAAAGCGGGCAAGGGGACAGACAACUAUGUGCAGACUAUACGCUUUGUGCGCAAAAACGUCGAACAAUCCAACAGAAAUGCAAACCCUUUACAGUUUGAGGAACUGGAAACGGAGUUUCCUCGCGAUUACGAUGACAACAUUGAGAUGUUGUCGCGGGAAGCGGAGCAUUUGGAGGAGCAAUUUCGUACACCGACCCGAUCGAAUACCACAGAUGCAGCUAACCAUCAAGUGGCCGGCAUUAUUGAGAACAUCAUUACCGAAGCGUCGCGCAAUGUUAAGAUUGAAAAGACUCAAAUUGAUGUGCCAUCCAAACCUGCCAAUAAACAGACGACUGGUGUAAAGCGCGUUGGCUUCCAAGUUGAGGAAAAGCACGACAGCGAGGUGCUUCUUGGUGAAAGACAGCCAAAGGUUUUCGAGGAUUUGUCCAAACAGUCUGAACGAGGGGAAGGCGUUUCCGGAGACGCAACCGUUGCUGGUACUGAAACAUCGGUGUCAUUGCAGCCAUCAUCAGCGCAUACCGCAUCAGCUACCUCAUCGGUCACGUCCCUAACGAAAGAGCGCAAGAGUGAUGAAGACGAUGAUCCGGUUGCGAUGUCACCAUGUGGACGCUUCUUUAAAUACGACAAAGAAGUCGGUCGUGGUUCCUUUAAAACUGUCUAUCGCGGCCUAGACACACUUACCGGUGUGCCGGUUGCCUGGUGCGAAUUGUUGGAUAAACAAGUGAAGAAGAGUGAACGCACUAGAUUCCGGGAAGAGGCGGAUAUGUUGAAGAAAUUGCAGCAUCCAAACAUUGUGCGAUUCUAUACAUAUUGGGAGUUUCCAAUUGGACGCAAAAAAAACAUAGUACUAGUCACCGAGUUAAUGUUAUCUGGUACUUUAAAGUCGUAUUUAAAACGAUUCAAAAAAAUACACCCAAAGGUAUUGAAGUCAUGGUGUCGUCAGAUCUUAAAAGGUCUCAACUUCCUGCAUACUCGUCAAUUUCCUAUAAUUCAUCGUGAUUUGAAAUGUGAUAAUAUUUUUAUAACUGGCACCACUGGUAGUGUUAAAAUCGGUGACUUGGGACUGGCAACUUUAAAGAAUCGGUCCCAUGCUAAAUCUGUGAUUGGUACACCUGAAUUUAUGGCACCCGAGAUGUACGAGGAGCACUAUGAUGAAUCGGUUGAUGUGUAUGCCUUUGGCAUGUGCAUGUUGGAAAUGGCCAUAUCCGAAUAUCCUUACAGCGAGUGCAAAGGCCCCGCUCAGAUAUACAAGAAGGUGAUAUCCGGUAUAAAACCAGCAGCCCUCUCAAAGGUAGAGGAUCCCAAUGUGCGCGAUAUCAUUGAGCGCUGUAUUGAGCUGAAAAAAGAGGAUCGUCCCAGAUGCAACGAGCUGCUGGAGUCUGAAUUUUUUGAUGAGGACAUUGGGAUACGUGUGGAACCCGCCGCCUCGGAACAGUUCCUCUCAGAUCCCAGCAUCAGCAUCAUUGAGUUUCGUCUGCGAUUUAUGGACCCAAAGAAGCGCUCAUCUCGCCACAAGGAAAACGAAGCCAUUCAGUUCGAGUACAACAUACAGCACGAUGAGUAUGAGCAAAUUGCCCAGGACAUGAUGAAGGAGAAUAUCAUUUCUGAGGAUGAUUCUCGUGCUGUUGCGCGCCUUCUAAAGGUCCAGGUGGUGUCACUGCUUAAGGAACGUGCUCAGCGCCAAACACAAAUUAAGCUACAGAACGAAAAGUCACGUUUGGAAAAGCUGGCACUGCAAAAGCAACGCGAAAGUCUGCCAACCAACGUUGAAGAGGAGGACGACGAAGAUGAUGAGUCUGAAGACGAGGAGGAUGGCGUUAAAUGGAAUCAACGACUCAAGCUCGAAAUGCUAAAUACUGACUCAGAGACAAGCCUGGUCGUCUCCACAAAUAGUGCCGAUCCACAGAAUCUGCUCACAAGGUCGACCACUUCCAUUCAAAACGGCGGCAGUCAAUUGCAACAACAGCAGCAACAGCUGCCACAGUCAGUGCCAGGGCAGCAGAAAGUGAUUGCCUCGCCGGCCAUAUCACAGGUGCAGCAACAUUCAACGACAGUUCAUUAUAUACAGAACCCUCAGAUAGCUUCAUAUCAAAAUCCGACCAACGCCAUGCAGGACAUUGCGAAUGGCCACGGCCAGGUAAUCUCACCCACGGGCAAUCAACAACAGCAGACAGCUCAGCAGCCAGUUGUACAGCUACAACAGCCACCACAGCCUGGGCCACCAACCCAAUUGCUACCCCAACAGGUGCAGGUGCAGCCAGUUGCAGUUACCCAUCCACAGCAACAACAACAACAACAGCCUGUUGCGGUUAUACAGCAGCAGCAGCAACAGCAACAACAUCAUCUAGCCGAACAGCAAAAGGUACAGCAAAUACCAUUGCAGCAGCAACUGCAGCAACUAAUGCAAAAUAAUAUGCCAACAACUGAUUUGGUGCAACAGCAGCAACAACAACAACACCAGCAAUAUUAUCAACAGCAACAGGCGCAGGCGUCGCUUUCAAUGCAUCAAGUCCCAAUUACACAGCAGCAGCAACAACCGUAUGGUAUACAACAACAGCAACAGCAAAUGCAACCACAGAAUAUUCAACAACAAAUGCAACCACAACCAAUUCAGCAGCAACAGCAGCUCCAAACAUCACAACAAAUGCAACAACCGAUGGCUCAGCAGCAUCAGUUGCCACCGCAGCAUAAUCAGCAACCCAUUCCAAGUCAACCGAUGCAACAGCAGCCCAUACAACAACAACAGCCCAUACAGCAGCAACCAAUGCAACAACAAACUAUACAACAACAACCAAUGCAACAACAACCUAUACAACAACAACCCAUGCAACAGCCAUCUGCAACUCAACAGCAGAUUCUCCAGCAACAUCACUUGCAACAGUUACAUCAGCAGCAACAGUUCGUACAGCAACAACAGCAACAGUUCCUUCCAAAUGCAUUAGCGCAACCACAUCAAAUUCCAAUUUCGACAAUGCAGCCGCUUGUUGCUGGUGCUGCUCAAAUCAUGGGGCAACAGCAGCAACAGCCAACGGCUAUGCUAAUACAAGGACAGAUGCAGGUGCCGGCAGCUAUGCACCAGCAACCAAUACCGACUACAUAUAAUCAGCCGCAAUCAGCUGCUCAACAGCAGCCACAACAGCAACAAAUUGUUCAGCCAAUUGCAAAUGUUGUCGAUGCUCAGCAACAACAAGCCCAACAACACGUCAACUAUGCAGCCGCGACCACUCAAAUACAGCAGCAGCAAUAUCUGCAGAAUCAACAGCAGCCACUGCAGCAGCAAAUACCGCUGGAGCAGCAGCUGCAACAGCUAUUGCAUAGUACGCCACAAGCUCAAAUUGUGCAUCAGCCAGCAGCAGCAGCAGCACCACCACCACAAGCUGAACAACAACCACAACAGCAGUUGCCAAAUAAACCCAUUAAUCAACAACCCACGAUUGCAGCACAGGAGCUUCCAGCAGUUGUUGCACAAACGAAUUUCGAUGCUGCUUCCACUUCAAGUGUCGAGCCGCAGCAGACUGCAACUACAAAUCCUGCAGACGCGGAGAAGCAACAAAAACAACAACAAGCUGCUGGAUCGCGUGUGCAGAAGCCGCGACGUUCAAAUCGUAGCGGAAACGAACGCAUACCAAAGCUUAGCGUAACCAGCGUGGACGAGGGCAGCGUCAUUAAUUGCCACAUGGAGAACAAGCUGAAAACUAUAACAUUCAAAUUUGACAUAAGCGAUGUCAAUCCCGUUGAGAUUGCCAACAAACUGAUUGCCCAAGAUUUACUGUCGAAUUGCCAGAGCACCGUGUUUGUGGAAAUGAUUAACGAUAUUGUUGAGCAGGUUAAGCACAAUCCAAACCAAAUUCCAAUCCCAACCACUUAUCGCCGCAACAUUGAGAAGGUCCGUCACGCGUCUCUAACUCGACAGCGUUCCACAUUUAGAACACAUCAAAGACAUAGAUCUCGGGAUGAAACCGCGAGCGACAUCACUAAGAUGUUCGAGCCAUCAGCACAAGGUGCGGAUGCAUCGGCCAACAACGGAGCAAAUGGAGGAGCUGUCGAUGCAACCAACACAGAACAAACCGGGGCUGGUGAGACAAGAGUACGUGAAUCUUCAGCAGUCCAAAGUAAUUUAGAAAUGCCAACGAAUACAGCAACGCCACCAACAACCGCUUCGACCAUGUCGUCCUCCUCUACUACCUCUAGGGAUGCGGGCAACAAUAGCAAUGAUGUGACAAUUGGAUCUGGUUCGGCCUCGCGCAAAACCAGCACCGCAUCGGAGUACACGUCGCUGUCCAUUGAUUACAUGCCGGACAACGCCAUCACGCCAACAGGCAAUGAGCCAUUUCCGCAACUGGAAGGUGGCAUGGACAAACCGCAAUCCGAGCAGAAGGCACGCAGUUUGGCCAUAAGCCGUGUGCAAAUGUUGUUGGAGUCAACAAGGAGCGAAGCGAAACCGAGAAGCUUGAAUUUGCCAUUGAAUCGUCAGUUGAAGAUUGUGGAAGAUUUGAAGCACACCAGAAGCUUGGAUGACCUAAGCGAAGUGAACAUUACGUUCGAUAUGCCCCCCAGCAAAGCUGCCAAACAAGCUACGGAACUAAGCGCCAAUGCCAAUGCCGACAAAUCCAAAGAGAGUGGCGUUCAACUGGGUUCAGUGCAGCCACCGGGUGCUGCCAAUACGCUGGAACAGCUAAAAAUCGAACUCGAGAAUAUAACACAUGCGCAUGCAUUCGCCUCCGCGGUGGUUGCCUCCAUUGGCAACAGACCCAGCACUUAUCAAGCCUCGCCGGCAAUCGCAUCGAUGAAAGGGCUCUCCGCUCAGCAGCAGGCCCAGGCAGACACAGUGGUCAACAAAUCGAACAGCGUGGGAGGCGGCAGUGGCUCAGCGGCCUCGUUUGGCCAGAAUACACCCACUGCAGCGCUGAACUCGGCCCGCGGUUCUUCCGUAUACAAUUCGCGGCGCACGUCCAUUGACAACAGCAUGGGCUCCGAUAUGCAACUGCCCGCACCGAACCUCAAUGUCAAUGCCGAGGCCGGCGAAAAUACGGCCAGCGCUGAGGGUGGCCCCGAUAAGAAGCUGACGAAACAGGAAAGUCUGGAUAAACUGUCAAAUACUUUGAGUGUAACUAGCGAGGCCAGAAAUCCAAGCAAUGGUGCGCUCAACCAGAGUUCCAUAGCAGAUCUGGAGAAAAAAUUGGCUGCACUACGCAAUGCGGAUAACACAGAGGAGACGCCAGUAACAACAACUGCGGCAGCUACCAAGCCAGCUGACGAGCCUGUGGCCAGUGUCAAUGCCCGGAAAAUAUCCCGCUUUAGCGUUAGUCGUGUGCAGGAGCAAAAGACUUCCGCAGAGGCAGCAGAAGCGCUGCAACAUCAGCUGAAGAUCGAUCUGCAGGUGGCAGGCCUAGCUGGUGGCCAGGCUCAAAACUAUAAUGCAAGCGGCUCUGUGCAAAACGGCACCGCCGUCAACACACCCACAGAGCUCAUUAGUUCGCCCAUACAGAACGUUCCGAUGGCCAUUAAUGGCAUUCAAUUGAUUUAUCAGCAGCAAAAUGCACCGGCAGGCGUUGGUGUUGGCGUGAUGAUGCCCCAAAACCAAGUUGGGGCCACGGCACAACCAUCAAAUCUUCAAAUGCAGCAGCAGCAACAACAGCAACAACAACACAUGUACUCAAAUAUGCCACAGCGUCAUCAGGCACCAUUAAAUUCUCUGCCGCAAAUGGUGAAUGCUGUACAGCAGCAACAACAAGUUCCUUUGCAGCAAUUGCCGCAUCAGCAGCAGCAACAACCACAGCAACAACAACAGCAUCAGCAACAGGCACAGCAGCCAACUCAACUCAUGGCACAGCAGCAGCCAAUUAUGCUGCAACAGCAACAGCAAGCGGCACAACAGUUUACGUUGCCAACAUCACAGCCACAGCAGCAGCCGCCGUCACAGCAUGCACCACAGCAGUAUUUGCAGGCGCAGGCCAACCAAAUGCAUCAGUUAUCGCCGCUAGUGAUGGCCAUGGGCGUGGGCGUUGGGCAGCCAAUGCAACAACAUCAGCUGGCUGCUAUGCCGGGCGGAAUGCCAACGCAAAUGAAUGCCUCGCAUCAACUGCUGCAACAGCAGCAGCAGCAACAACAACAACAACAACAGCAGCAGCAGCAGCAGACCUUGCAACUGCAAUCACAUCUGCAGCAGCAGCAGCCACAACAAACUGUAACAUCCCUUUACAACCAGCAACAGCAGCAAAAUUUUCAAGUGUCUGCGGCGGGUCAGCUACUGCAACAGGCGCCGCUGGUAGGCCAGGCACAGCAGACAGCCCAGGGCAUGCAGCAUGUCCUGCAGCCGCUAUUUAACCCAGCUGUUGCUGAAGUCGCAGAGGAGCCCGUGUCCCUGGCAGCCACUCAUCCACACCUGUUGCCGAGCGAUAUUCAAUCGGACAUUAAACAUAAUCUCGACUCAUUGGUUAAUCAGUUGUGCAAUACACGAUUGGGCACCAACCAACAUCAGCGACUGCUGCUGCUGCGCCAACGGCAGCUGAUUGAAGAGGACGAGCUGCGCCUUAAGCAUUAUGUGGAAUACGAAAAGUUUCAAAAGGCACUGCGCCAAUCUCUAAGCACAAACGCUCCAGCUACUACCGCGUAUUAUUCUCCAGCUGCCGCACCGGUUCAAACCAAUUUGACAGCACCACCACCAGCAGCAGCAGCAGCACCGCCGCCACCAGCAUCGUCAACUACUACACCCGCAGGCUCUUCAAAUACAUAAAUAUGAAUUCCUUUAGAAUUGUCGUAGCCGCCGUUCCUCGUAUUCAUGACAAGUCAUAAACAUUGCUACCCAAUUGUUCGGCAACUGUUCUGAACUGGCACGAUUUCGAUUUUGAAAAUAUGGAUCUGAAGUUAGUUAUUAAGUGAAAAGUUGUCGAAUUAUGAGGGGAUUGUCUGUAAAUAUGUAGUCACACAGUUUUGAGUUGAUUUGCCAUUGUUUCGCUUAUUGUUUUACUUUUGUUUUUGAUUUUACCCUUUCUUCCCAUUCUUUUUAUGCAAUGCUGUUUCCUCUCAUUUGUUUUAAAUCAAAAUGAAGUUUUGAAUUUUAUUUAAGCAAAUUGUAAAUUUGAUUAGCGCUAAAGUGUAAAUAAAUAUUUCAAUAAUA